GUCAAAGUCAAAUGCAGAUAAAAAAUUCCAGCGGACACGGUUUGCAAUGUCUAACUUGAAUUUGUAUUUGUGUAGAGGAACAAACAUUCAUCAAUCUCUCAAACAUACCGUCGUUGUGAGUGCUUUUUAUUCGGCAGCCGAAGCGAUGGACGGCGGCGAUGCUCCGGUUACCUGUGGGACGUGGAUUCGGCGCCCCGACAAUAAGCAUUUAGCGGUGGUCGGAAAAUCCGGGCCCUCUUCCCUCGAGAUUUUCUCCUUCGAUCCCAACACCGUGUCGCUCUCGGCUUCUCCCAAGGCCAAGUAUGAAUUCGAAGAAGGGAUCAGUCCGGUAAUUAUUGCGGUACAUCCCAGUGGAGAUGAAUUGGUUUGUUCCACCAGCACUGGUGAUUGCAAAUUGUUCGAAUUGGAUAGUAGGGAGGGCAAGAUAAAUCUAACAGCAAAGGAGCAGCUUCUGCUGCAGGGAAUUGGCCUGCAAAAAUGCUUGGCUUUUAGUGUUGAUGGAACUAGAUUUGCUACUGGUGGAGUUGAUGGAUGUCUUAGAAUAUUUGAGUGGCCAAGCAUGCGCAUAAUUUUGGAAGAACCGAGAGCUCACAAGUCAUUUCUGGACAUGGAUUUUAGCUUAGAUUCAGAAUAUCUAGCUUCUACAUCUGUUGAUGGGUCAGCUAGAGUAUGGAAUACAAGUGAUGGGGGUCCAAUUACUACAUUGGCACGGAACCCUGAUGAGAAGAUUGAACUUUGCCGGUUUUCUAAAGAUGGCACGAGACCAUUUUUAUUUUGCACUGUUCAAAGAGGAAAUAAACCACUGAAUGUUGUUUGGGAUAUAAGUGAAUGGAAAAAAAUUGGGCACAAGAGGCUGCUUAAUAAGCCAGCUUCAAUAAUGUCUGUUAGUUCGGAUGGAAAAUAUCUUGCUCUGGGAAGCAAGGAUGGAGAUAUAUGUGUUGUGGAAGUGAAAAAGAUGGAAGUUCGCCACUUGAGUAAGAGACUACACCUGGGUUCUGAUAUUGCGUCAUUGGAGUUUUCCCCAAGUGAAAGGGUAAUACUUACUACUUCUAAAGAAUGGGGUGUAAUGGUGACAAAAUUGAGUGUCCCGGUUGAUUGGAAAGAAUGGCAGAUCUAUUUACUUCUCUUUGGGCUAUUUUUGGCAUCGCUCGUUGCGUUCUACAUCUUCUUCGAGAAUUCUGAUUCUUUCUGGAACUUUCCGAAGGAUCAAGAAACAAGAUCCAACAUUGGAACUUUCUUGGGAGAACCACAAUCUGAACAAAAUAAUAUGUGGGAGCCUUUGGAUCUCUAAUUUUCCUGAUAUUGUUGUCUGUUGAGCAUCUUUCGUAGAAUCGCAUAAGUGGAACUCGAAUCUUUUUUCGGCCAAUAUUGUUGGGGAAAAAGAAAAGCAGAAAUACGUAUUUUUUUUUUUUCUCUUUUUUGGCUGAUAGAUAAAUUUAUUACUACUGAGUAAUUAUUUUUUGGUCGUUAAUGUUGUGGUGUUCCAAUAUUUUUGUUUCUUGUUCUGUUA